CAUGCCUGGUAAAACCUGGCUUUUGAUGGGGAUCCUGGAAGGGCAAUGCCCCAGGAGUAACAGCAGUAAAUAGGAAAGAGACCAGAUCUUGGAAAACUUUUAAAUCAGGCUCCACUAUGGUGCUUUGUCCCUUCCGAACUGCCUGUCAAAAAGAACAUUCUCUGGAGGAUAUUAGGGUAAUCCAGAGCCUGACACUGAUGAUGAACUGCUUCUCACCUUCCCACAGAUUCAUUCAUUAUUCCAGUUCAAAGCUCUCCUGAACAUCCUUGCUAUGCCAGGCACAUGGCCUACCUCCCUCAGGAAGCUCUGUAUAGCCUAAAGCCAGAUCCCAGCCUACAGAGUCAGAGGAAAGGUGGCUGUGUCUGGCAUUAGCACUUUGCAAUUCAAUUCUUUCCGUCUGCACUGCUGUAAAAGCAGCAGACCUGAUGCCGGUACUGGGUGAUCUCCGGAUACCAGGAAGUCAGGCUCAUGGAGAGGGAGAAAGGCUGCACUUGAUGCACACUGGCUGUUUCUCUAUGGGUGGUGGGCAGAAGGAGGGGGAGAAAAGCUGGAGCAGUGGUGGUGAACCUGUGGCACGUGUGCCUCAGUAGGCUGUUUAUACCGUGAAAAGUUCACCGUCACUGAGCUGGAGAGUGAACCUUGCAGGCCAGAAACCAAGAGGAAGCAGGCCUGAUCUUUCCACACAAGCAGCCCCAGCCUCUCUUUAUCCCCAAGGUUAGGAUGGGAAUAAGAGCUUCUGCCACUUCCCGGAACUUUAGACUAGCUUUACGGCGCUAACAAAGACAUGUAAUGGGCAAGCAGAGAGCCUUCGUGGACAGAUUUGCCAGUGCUACGUGCAAGGAAGAAAAAGGAAUGAAUUUAAAAGCACUUCAUAAGGCUGCUUUUACUAGGAGCUGUACGAGGCUUUGUAGGAAGAAAUUACACUGCCUUCAGUUAAGGCUGGGGGAUUGGGACUCAGGUAGGUGCAGGGCAGGACCUUAUUACACUGCUUCCUGUUUAUGCCUCAAACCUAGAACAGUCAGCACACAGGUAGGUAUGCAACAGAUGCCAAUGAAUGCAUGGAAAGCAGCCUUUGCCAUCAAGGGAGGCCUUAGCUCUCAAAGGAGCAACUCGGAUUGCAAACGCCUCUGGUCACAGGCCAGGGUGGAAAUCGAUAUCUUUUAUGCUUUUCUGAAAUUACUGGAAUCAUUUUUUCAAGCUGCUGGGGCUUCUGCAGUUCAGAGGACAGUCAGCAGAAGGAGGGUGUGCGAAAAAUGUGAAAAGAAACUUGGUACUGUUAUUACGUCUCACACAUGGAAAGAUGGUGCAAGGAACAGCACAGAAAAUGGUGGAAGGAAGCUGAACGAAAAUAAAGCCUGGACUUCAAAAAAGACAAGAUUCCAUCCCUGUGGAAAGAAUGAGUUCUCCACUUUCAGAAUUUGUAGAAGUUCUGUGCACCAGCCAGGUUCUCAUUAUUGCCAAGGUUGUUCCUACAAAAAAGGCAUCUGUGCGAUGUGUGGGGAGAAAAAGGUUUUGGAUCCCAAAAACUACAAGCAAACAUCUGUCUAGAUGAUGAAAUCUCUGGCUUUGUAUAAUUUUACUUUCUGCUUUGAAUUGUCAAUUUGUAGAUGUUUAAUGUAGAUGUCUAAUUUGUGGAGUAAUCUGUUUUGAGACAGGUGAUUAAAUUUAAA